AUGGUUUCCAAGCCAUCUGCUUCCAAACCAAAACCAUUCGUUCUCGCUCUCAUCAUUCUCUCUCUAAUCCUCCUCCUUGUAACCACCACUUUCCGACCAAACCCUCUUCAAAACCACCAUAUUCAUCGCCUCUCCCCUCAACUAUCUUACCAUUUGCCAAUCAAGCAGUACCACCCAAAAUGGUACCAUGUCAUCAAAGAAGAAAUCAAGGAUAAAAACAUAAAGAUUGGUUUGGUUAACAUGGAUGAAGAAAGUGAUGAACUGCAUGGAUUAGAAGAGGCGGUUCGGGUACGAUUUGAUCGUGUGGCUAAGAAUCUUCAGUGGAAGGACUUCUUUCCUGAAUGGAUUGAUCAAGAUGAGAUCUUUGGCCAGCAGAAGUGUCCGGAAAUCCCAAUGCCACGGGUCGGGGACCACCGGGGGAUCAACGUGGUCGUAGCUAGGGUUCCAUGUGGAAGAAGGGUUGAGAAAGAAGGUGUUAGGGAUGUGCUCAGGUUACAAGUUAAUCUAGUUAUUGCUAAUCUGUUGGUCAAUAGUGGAUCGACUGAUCAUGAAGUUGAUCGGAUGGUUUAUGUUGUUUUUAUCGGAUCUUGUGGACCCAUGUGGGAGAUUUUUAGAUGUGAUGAUCUCUUGUGGCAUGAAGGAAAGUAUAGGGUUUAUAGGCCUGAUUUGAGAAGAUUGAAGCAGAAGGUUCUCAUGCCUGUUGGGUCAUGCCAGCUUGUACCUCCAUUUUCACAAGCAGGUCGAGAAGUAUGGAGACGGCAUGAAAAUUCAUUAACAAGUACCACCCUCUACCCACCAAGAGAGGCUUAUGUGACUAUCCUUCACUCUUCAGAAUCAUAUGUCUGUGGUGCAAUAGCUUUGGCCCAGAGCAUAAUUCAAACCAACUCCACCAAAGACCUAGUCCUCCUCGCCGACGACUCAAUCUCCACCAAGUCCCUCCAAGGUCUCCGAGCAGCCGGAUGGAAGAUCAAGCACAUCAAACGCAUCCGAAGCCCUGGGGCCGAAAAAGAUGCAUACAACGAGUGGAAUUACAGCAAGCUCCGAGUAUGGCAACUAACAGAGUACGAGAAAAUCAUAUUCAUAGACGCCGAUCUUAUAGUUCUCAAGAACAUUGAUAAGUUCUUUGUGUAUCCACAAGUAUCAGCUGCUUCAAACGAUAAGUUUUUGUUCAAUUCUGGGGUUAUGUUAGUUGAGCCAUCAAAGUGCAUGUUUGAAGCCCUAAUGAAAAAAAGAUUCACUUUAGCUUCAUACAAUGGUGGCGAUCAGGGUUUUCUCAACGAGGUUUUCACGUGGUGGCACCGGUGGCCAUCGAGGCUGAAUCAUCUGAAGGUAUUUGGGAACAAUAGUCUCGAUAACCCGAAACAUGAAAUCUCCAAGAAUCUGUAUAUGAUACAUUACUUGGGUGUGAAGCCAUGGAUGUGCUAUAAGGAUUACGAUUGUAACUGGGACGUGAAGAAGCAUAAUUUGUUUGCAAGCGACUCGGCUCACCGGAGAUGGUGGCAAGUUUACAGGGCCAUGCCUAAGAAGCUGAGGCCGUAUUGUGCUCCGAGUAAAAGUAUGGAUUCAAGGAUAAGAAAGUGGAAAGUGAGAGCUAGAAACGGGAGUUUUCCUGAUGGGCAUUGGAAGAUCAAAGUGAGAGAUAACAGAAGGCAUUGA